GCAUCUUCUUGUGAGCAGCUGAUUGUCUGUCACACGACACUAGCUGAUGCUUGUUCAUCUAUCUUGCCUUCAAACAUUCCCCUGAACAACUUCUCAUUGUGAUCACUGCUCAGUCAGGGUGUCCUGUACUGGAAGUAAACGACAAUGGCACGAUGCACUGCGUGCACCCGUUUCGCGAGGUUCAUGGAGACGGACGAACCCGCGGCGCCGCAACGUUCCGCGCACGUGCACCCGGACGCCGUCGCCGUUCACAUCCCGUCGAGCCUCUCCGCCGAGGAGCCGGUCCUCAGAGAGCGACACGGUGACAUGAUCGCCGCCGCCAUGGCCGCAGCGUCCCCGGGGUACUCGCCGUCGCUCCCGGUCGCCCGGCAGGUGUCGAUCAGCCUGCCGGCGUCGCCGACCGGGUUCGGCGCCUCCAGGACGGAGGCGGAGCUGGAGCGGCACGCCAGGACGGACGCGCCGCGGCGGAUGAUGAUGCCGCCGCGCGCCCCGGUGGCCGUGGCGCUCGCGCAGCCUGACAAGGUGGUGUUCCGGUCCCAGCCGAUCCCCGCGGCGCCGCCGGGAGAGAAUGGCGCCGCCCAGGGGCACGGCGACCCCAGCCGGAGCGCGCCGCACGCGGCGAGGUCCAAGGCGCGCAGGGACAAGAGCUACGACUCGUUCAAGACGUGGUCCGGCAAGCUGGAGAAGCAGAUCACCACGCACCUCCUGGGCGGGCGGCCGCCCCCGCCGCAGCCGCAGGAGGAGGAGCCCGAGGAAGACGACGCGGCGAGCAACCGCCGGCUCUCGUCCUCCAUGCCCCAAGUGCAGCGCUUCUUCGCGGCGCUGGAAGGCCCCGAGCUCGACAAGCUGCGGGUACUACUGCUGCUGACAUCCGUAGCUGCUGUUAGCACCUCGCCCGCUGCUCGCGCGAAGAACUCUAUCGCACGACGCGUUUCUUCUACUACUAGCUUGCUCGUGCUCCUCCUGACGUGGCAGCUGGCUGACCGGCGUGUUGUUGUUGCUGUUGCGGUUGUGUGGUGGCAGUCCUCGGAGGAGCUGAUCCUGCCGUCCGACAAGACGUGGCCGUUCCUGCUCCGGUUCCCGGUGUCGGCGUUCGGCAUGUGCAUGGGGAUGAGCAGCCAGGCCAUCCUGUGGAAGCGGAUCGCCAUCUCGGCGUCGACGCGGUUCCUGCACAUCACCGUCAAGGUCAACCUGGUGCUCUGGUGCGUCUCGGUGGCGCUCAUGUUCGUCGUGUCGGUGCUCUACGCCUGCAAGGUGGUGUUCUACUUCGAGGCGGUGCGGCGCGAGUACUACCACCCGAUCCGUGUCAACUUCUUCUUCGCGCCGUGGAUCGCGUGCCUGUUCCUGGCCAUCGGCGUGCCAGACCUGGUGGCCGCCAGCCUCCCGCACUGGCUCUGGUACGUGCUCAUGGCGCCCAUCGUGUGCCUGGAGCUCAAGAUCUACGGGCAGUGGAUCUCCGGCGGGCAGCGGCGGCUGUCGCGGGUGGCCAACCCGUCCAACCACCUCUCCAUCGUCGGCAACUUCGUCGGCGCGCUGCUCGGCGGCAUCAUGGGCCUCAAGGAGGGCCCCAUGUUCUUCUUCUCCGUCGGGCUAGCGCACUACAUGGUGCUGUUCGUGACUCUGUACCAGCGGCUGCCGACGAGCGAGACGCUGCCCCGGGACCUCCACCCGGUCUUCUUCCUCUUCGUGGCGGCGCCCAGCGUCGCGUGCCUGGCGUGGGCGAGGAUCACCGGCGAGUUCGGCUACGGGUCCCGGGUCGCCUACUUCAUUGCCAUGUUCCUCUACGCGUCGCUCGCCGUGCGGGUGAACCUGUUCCGGGGGUUCAGCUUCUCGCUGGCGUGGUGGGCGUACACGUUCCCGAUGACGAGCGCGGCGAUCGCGUCCAUCCGGUACGCGUCGGAGGUGAAGAACGCCUUCACGCAGUGCAUGUGCACCGGGCUGACGGCGGCCGCGACGCUGACGGUGACGGCGCUCUUCCUGACGACGCUGCUCCACGCGGUGGUGCACCGCGACCUCUUCCCCAACGACAUCUCCAUCGCCAUCACGGAGCGCCGGCGCAAGCCCAUCUUCGCGGAGGAGAUGAGGGCGAGAAAGCGCCGCGGCUGGGGGACGAAGCAGCAGGCGGCGGCGGCGCUCGAUACCGCCGCCUCCGACGCCGCGGACCUGGAGGCCGCGCGCGCCGCCACGACGUUGUACACGUAGACCGGCCGGCUGGGCGGCUGAACCGGGCGGGCAACCGCGAGAAUGACAGUGAUUCGCAUUCUAGCUCUCGGACGUCUGCUUGGUAGCUGUAGAGCUAGUCGUUGUUGGCUGCCGUGUGGGGCAGUGCGCUCGGCAGAGCCACAAGUGUAAGCAAGAUGCGUGGCAGGAUGAUGAUGCAUGGACUCACUCUUUGUAUGUACACCGUGUAUCGCAGAGGAAGAUCUAUCGUAUAUAGCGCUUUGAUCUCUGCAUGAGUACAUAGUUCACUGACAAGAUCAAGGAAGACAUCACGCUACCGCUAUGUGUAGUGUAGUAACAAA